CAUCAAUAAUGCAAUAGCGAAAAUACCUAGUGAACUGAAUCGGUUAAAAAUGUAUUUACUGAAGGUUCUUGUGCUUAUUCUAUCCACCAUCGAAAUAUGUGUUGGUUUGAAGACAGAAAAUCUUAUCCAGCGCACCCUCACCAACUCCCCUUUAGUGGCUCCCCAUUUAAUUGAAGCCUCGCGUCAACUAAACCAAAUCAAAGAUGAUCCAGAUUCCGCUUGUAUGUUAUGCCAGCAAGUGAUAAGCGGUAUUAUAUCUUUGAGAAGAAGUAACAGCACUAAGGAUGUAAUGAUGGAUUACCUUAACCAACUUUGUGUUUUGUAUACUGAUUGGGGCGAGGAUGGAUGUAAGGGACGGACUGAUAUUGAAACGGAUACAAUUUUGUUUAUCAUAGACAACAAAAAAGAUCUACAGCCAGCCAGAUUUUGUUCCAUAUAUUUCCAGUCAUAUAACUGUGAAGAUCCUAACGCUGAUAACUGGAGUAUCCCCUUGCCUGAUUAUGCAGCUAAUGUUGCUUCAAAAUAUGUCUAUCAGAAUGACACUGACUCAGUCCAGAUCCUGCAAAUAACGGACGUUCAUCUUGAUCCUCUUUAUAGUCCAGGAAGUAACGCAAAGUGUUCAGAACCUUUAUGCUGUGACUCUGGAGUGCCUGCUAAUCCUGAAGAUGCUGCAGGAUAUUGGGGAGACUAUAAAGUGUGCGACAUGCCAUGGCAUACGAUGGAGAAUAUGAUGGAGAGGAUUAGGGAGAAACAUAAACAUAUUGAUUGGAUCUAUUUUACCGGCGAUAUAGUUAGUCAUAGAAGUUGGGCUACUAGUGUUCAAAGCAAUACUGAAUCUAUAAAAUUGAUGUUUACACUUUUGGAGAAAACGUUUCCCAAUAAAACUGUGUUUCCUAUAUUAGGAAAUCAUGAAGCGCAUCCUGCUGACUUUUAUUCCCCAGAUACUGUCGAUAAGACUUCCAAUGUAUCUACGCAAUGGCUUUUGGAUCUAGCUGCAGAUGAAUGGUCAAGAUGGUUGCCAAAUGCUACUCAAUCUACAAUUAGAAAAGGUGGUUACUAUACUGUCUUAGUUAAACCAGGCUUUAGAAUAGUUGCUUUGAAUAGUAAUGUUUGUUUCAUUUCAAAUUUAUGGUUGAUCUAUGAAAAUUUAGAUACUUUUGGACAACUUCAGUGGCUUGUAAAUGUUUUGAGUCAAGCCGAAAAAAAUGGCGAAAAGGUUCAUAUUUUGUCGCAUGUUCCUUCCAGUGACGACAUUAAUUCGUGCGUAAAAAUUUGGAGUAAAGAAUUUAGAAAAAUUGUUUUAAGAUUUUCAGAUACAAUAGUAGCCCAAUUCAACGGCCACACACACAUGGACGAAUUCAAGUUGUAUUUCAACGCCUCAGAUAUGACUGAAGUGAAAAAUGUUGCUUACAAUGGUGCCAGUUUUGCUACUUUUGUAGGAUCGAAUCCAGAUUACAGAAUCUACGAAGUUGAUAACAAUAACAUGUCCGUGACAGAUUACAGUCAAUACACCUUCAAUCUUACCCAAGCCAACUCCAACGCAAAGUCCUACCCAGAAUGGUACAAACUCUACUCAUUUAAAGAGACUUAUGGGUUACCAGAUUUAACCCAUAAAUCACUUGAAAAAUUAUAUUGGCAAAUGACCAUGAAUAAUUCUGAUAAUGCACUAGUCGAUACAUAUUUUAAGCUCAUGUAUAGGAACAGUGAUGUAUAUAAUAAAGCUGGUUGUGACAGAAAAUGUAAAAAGAAGCUGGUUUGCUUAAUAGCUGCAGUGGAGACCACUGAAAGUGUUUAUUGUUAAUAUAUUUAUUUAAAAUGAACAGUAAAUAUUGAAAUAUAUAACUUCACAUCAACAAUGUUUUAUACUUAUUCUGCCAUUUCAACAUCAUUCACAUCCAAAUCGUCUAACAUUUCCUCUAAGGUAAUACGAGGGGUAUUAGCAUCAUAAUUUGAAUCAUACAAAUCCACUGGAAUAGUUGUGGCUUUAUUCUUGAAAAUGUUAACGUUUUUACGUAGCUCAGGGUCUUCUUCCAGGUCAUCCAUAAAUUCAUUAAAGUCA